GUUGAUCACCGGGCGCUGCACUGCAAUGGAGAGCAGGGAAGAGCAGCAGCAGCAGCAGCAGCAGCACCCGCCGCGGGGGAAGGAGGAGGAAGACGGAGAGGGGGAAGGGGGAGAGGAGGGAGAAGGGGGAGACUGAGAUUAGUCCCGGCCUCUGGGAACAGACAGGCGCCGCCGCCGCCGAGAGCCGUCCCAGAUCUCUCUGCUCAGCUCGCCUGCGGAAAACCCGGCGGAGAAGUUGCCAUGCUGCCGCGCUGCCGCUGAGCGGAUCCGCCUUCUGGUCCUCCGCGGCUGGGGAGGACCGAGGAGCCGGCCUCGCGCCUGCCUGCCUUCCCCGCACCCCGAGCGCCUCCCUCUCCCACCCCCAGCCCUCCCGGCCCUCCCCCGAGCCUCCAGCCAUGACCGUUCCGGUUUUCACCUUAUAAAGAUGGCGGUGUGGGAUCGCUGCAACCUUUAGACUCAUGACUGUCAGAAACAUCGCCUCCAUUUGUAAUAUGGGCACCAAUGCCUCUGCUCUGGAAAAAGACAUUGGACCAGAGCAAUUCCCGAUCAAUGAGCACUACUUUGGACUGGUCAAUUUUGGGAACACUUGCUACUGUAACUCCGUCCUGCAGGCUCUGUACUUCUGCCGGCCUUUUCGGGAGAAUGUGUUGGCGUACAAGGCUCAGCAGAAAAAGAAGGAAAACCUCCUGACCUGUCUGGCAGAUCUUUUCCAUAGCAUUGCUACACAGAAGAAGAAAGUUGGUGUGAUUCCACCCAAAAAGUUCAUCUCAAGGUUGCGGAAGGAGAACGACCUCUUUGACAAUUACAUGCAGCAGGACGCCCAUGAAUUUUUGAACUACUUGUUGAACACUGUAGCCGACAUUCUGCAGGAGGAGAAGAAGCAGGAGAAGCAAAAUGGGAAGUUGAAAAAUGGCAACAUGAAUGAAAUGGAAGAGAACAACAAGCAAGAUGUCACCUGGGUGCAUGAGAUUUUUCAGGGGACGCUGACGAAUGAAACAAGAUGUCUGAACUGUGAAACCGUUAGUAGUAAAGAUGAAGACUUUCUUGAUCUCUCUGUUGAUGUGGAACAGAACACGUCCAUUACUCACUGCUUAAGAGACUUCAGCAACACGGAAACCUUGUGCAGUGAACAGAAGUACUACUGCGAGAUGUGCUGCAGCAAACAGGAGGCACAAAAGCGGAUGAGGGUAAAAAAGCUGCCCAUGAUCCUUGCAUUGCACCUGAAGAGGUUUAAAUAUAUGGAGCAACUGCACCGGUACACCAAACUCUCUUACCGAGUGGUGUUCCCUCUGGAGCUGCGCUUGUUCAACACAUCGGGAGACGCGAUAAACUUGGACCGCAUGUAUGAUUUGGUGGCUGUUGUUGUUCACUGUGGCAGCGGGCCCAAUCGUGGCCAUUAUAUUACCAUUGUGAAAAGUCACGGAUUCUGGCUUUUGUUCGACGACGAUAUCGUAGAGAAAAUUGAUGCACAGGCUAUUGAAGAAUUCUACGGUUUGACUUCUGAUAUAUCAAAAAACUCAGAAUCCGGAUAUAUUUUAUUUUAUCAGUCAAGAGAGUAACUGCGAGCUCUGACACUUUCCCUCCCAAGAUGAGAAACUUACCAAUACUGUAAACUGGCCUCUACGUAGACCCAUCCACUAUGACCGAACAAGGAUAAGCUCGUCUUUAAACUGUUGACUGAAACACUCCAACUUUGACUGGAAGAUCUCUUUUCUUUAGUCUGACUCUCUCAUUAACAAGAACAUAUUUAUAUGGACAAACAUGCCCAUCUGCUGAAUGCUGCUGAACUGAGGUAUAAUGUUGCAUAGAUGUACAUUACCAUUAAGGACCAUUUGUUUAUUCUUUCUAAAGAACCGUUCCUUUGGACCAGUGGUUUUCAAACUGUAUUCUGGGGAAUGCUGGGCAUUACUGGAAGGUUCUCACGGGGGGGGCCUGGAUAAGAAAAUCGGUCACGAUGGACAACCCAUCUUUGAAAGUACUGUGAAUUCAUAUAGGGCAAUGAUGAGCCCAAACACACUCCUGGCUAAGCUGUAAAAUGACAACACGCUCUAGAAACAUAUCCCAGAAUCCCCUGCAAAGUACAGCGGGUUCCAUGACAGACACGCAGGAGCGCCUCAGCCAAUGGGCUCAAAUUAAAAGGGUUCACAGAAGACAGAAAGUUUGAAAACCACUGUUUUAUAUAUACAAGCAGCUCAUUCUUGUGGUAAGUGGAAAGCAAAGAAAUAUAUUUCCUAAGUGUUGGCACUGGAGUAGGUUCAGAGAAUAUGUCACAUGGUGUUCUUCAGCUGGAAGGCUAUUUAUUUCCUCCUGAUCCUUUUAAGCUUUGAGUUAUUAAAACGUUAAAUUGGCACUCCCAAAGUCAUAAAUUCUCUCAAAGGGAUUUCAGUCCCACUGGGAACAAAUCAUACCGCAUAUCCAGUCUUCCUUCUUAGUGGGAGAACAUACAUGAGCCGAAAAGGUCCUUUGGAUUCCCACACUGUAUAAAAAGAGCUUUAGGGGGACUUUGCAGUGAAGGACAGAGGAAGUUGUACUUCCACAUUAUUUUUUCACUGUGUGAUGGUGUCUUUUUAAACCCAAAGGUUUUACCUGACCUUGCACAUGACAUGCAGGCAAGCAGAAGUCUGGACAUCGGGGGCAUUGGUUCUGUGAAGCAGCAACACCUCUCACGAAAAACUCCACAGGGCUCAAGCACACUCAGCGCUCAGUGUGAGCAGAGGCAUCCUCUGUGUUGGGGAAUGUGACACGCACACAUGGGGAAUGUCAUCCAUGCACAACCACAGUCACUGGAUCUGGGUGAAUACCUGUCACCUGCUUGGUUCUGCAAAGGACUGGCAUAUGCGGGCUCACUGGGCCCAGGGACCUUGCAACAGGGGGUGGGUAGCAACUUCUCGGUGGGGUGGUGGCCCCUUACAAAUGUGGCUGGAUGGCGCAAGUGCAGAGUUCAAGCUUUUUAUUCGCGUGGGUUAUCUGUAUGUAAAGAGCCUUCCCUUGCAGCCCCCAAUCAGCAGGCAGGGAGUUUCUUUCGCUCCGUUCCUUCUCUUUCCCUCGAGUUCAGAGGGGGAUUCCUUCGUUCCCAUCCAUCCCCUUCCAUUGCUCACCCCCAGGCUUCACCUUGAUGCCUCCUUUAAGGCCCUCCCUAACAUCUGGACUCGCCCCUGUGCUUAGAGGCCACCUCCUGUCUGCUGAUCCCACGCCUGGUGUAGCCCUGAAGGGGUUCUAGCUCUCCCUGUAGCAGCUGCUAUGGCUGGCCAGCCCUGCUCUAGGGCACUGAUCCUGGCCACACCCUCCACACUGGUCUCUGUGGGGCUGCGUCUGCUUGCACUGUGCCUUGGACUGGUCCCUCGCCCCAGAGACUCCAGGGCUAUAACUGGCUUUUUGGCACGUCAAAUUGAUGGCAUGGGGAGCUAGAUGGCAUGGCAUUUUGCAUGUUGUUCAGCAGCAUCUUUACAAAUCAGGUCCUGGCUUCCUUCCUGUUUGCAUCAGAACCCAGGGCAGCUAGGAGUAGACUUGAUUCUCACUGGUUUCCAUUAGAUUCUAUGGGAUAAAGAAAACGGGUUGCCAUUGGCAGAAUUCCUAGGGACGGCACAAAGUUUGCUUCCCCCCAAGAAACACACUUACCAGUGGCAAGGAGCAGGCUUAGGCUUCAUCUUAUCGGGGAUCCUACGCUUGUUUGGAGCCAGUUUGGUGUAGUGGUUAAGUGCACGGACUCUAAUC